AGCGCAGGGGAGAUAAGGGUACCUCAACCUGCCAACAUAUAAAAAGGGGACACAGCUGGAUGGAACGACAUCAGUCGCUAAAAGAUAUUCGUCACGGUAACGUGUGUGCAUCCAUCUAGCUUCUAUUCAUCAGUUAUUGGAUAUUGUUGAGACUCAAGUCAACAUGGGUUCUCAAAUCGAAACGAUCGAUUCAUCGAAAAAGUCAACGAAGCUCCUUGAAACAGAGGAAGCAGCUUCGAGUUUCAAUAGUGGAAACCCUUUACAACUGAAGCAGUCCAAAGGCAGUGAGAAUAAAGAAAUCGAAGCGCGGAUGAACGAUGUGUUAAGCUGGACAACAAGAAAUCGGAAGAGUGUUGCUUGGUCGGACAACUCGAGCUAUUUGGAAAGCGACGACAGUUGCGACAGCGAACGCCUGCAGAUCGCUUGGAACGGUGAGAACAAUGAAACCCAGUCAAAUCACAGCGAAGGAUCAGAAUCGAGCGGCACCAACUCAACGAGCAACGACGCCCAAUCAAUGAUGUUCUACAAGAAUUCACUUCGAUCUCAUCCGCUCAAACGAUACAACGCAGUAAUAUCGAUGACAGAUGCGAAAAUUCCGCUUGUUUACCACAAGAGCAUGGCACGACAAUUCCCAACCAAAGAACGCACCCCGGAACAGAUGGAAAUGCGUCGACGGAAUACGGAAGCAGCACGAGUCAGCAGAGCCAAACUGAAGAUGGCAGAACUAAUGAUGCAGAAGGAAGCGAAUGAGAUGAGCACGGCGAAUACUGCCCACAAACAAAUGAUCGCGUCGCAGUUGGUGUAUGCAAAUGCACUUUCCAAGCUGUUGGACAUGCAACCGGUGGAGUUGAAAUUUUUCGAACGGGUCGGCCGUAGACACAGUGACAAAAGUUAAAAUAAAUAGCGGUAAAAGUAUAACUAACGAUGGUA